AUGAUAAAUAAUGAUCCAAUUAGCGCUGUCAUCGACGAUUUUUUGCAACAGCUAUUCGGCCGAGCGCAUGACCAAGACCCGGAAGUUCAAAAGCAAUUGUGUCGGUCGCUGACGUUGUUACUUGAUAGUCAUUUCGACAAAUUGGCUCCACAUCUUCCAAAUGUCAUCGAUUACAUCAUCAUGAAGACACAGGAUCCCAAUGAGAAUAUCGCUGUAGAGGCAUGCGAGUUUUGGUUAUCACUGGCCGAAAACUCAGACGUAUGCAAAGAAUUACUGUCACCAUUCUUGCCGAAACUGGUUCCUGUUUUGAUCAAAUGCAUGCGAUACUCGGAAAGCGAUAUAAUUGCGCUGAAGGGUAACUGCGACGAAGAAGAUGCUAUGAUACCGGAUAGGGAUGAAGAUAUAAAACCUCGAUUUCACAAAUCAAAAGUUGCUGCAGGUUUGGUCAAUGGUGAAGAUCCUGAUGAUGAUGGCAGCGAUGAAACCUACGCUGAAUGGAACAUACGACGCUGUUCUGCUGCAUCAUUGGACGUUCUUGCAUCGAUAUUCAAGCAGGAACUCCUUCCAAUUCUGUUACCAAUACUGAAGGAAGCGCUUUGUCAUCCGGAAUGGGAAGUAAAAGAGUCUGGUAUCCUAGCUCUUGGAGCAGUAGCAGAAGGUUGUAUGAAUGGCAUUACUCCCCAUUUGCAUGAGCUUAUUCCUUUUCUAUUGAACAUGCUGAAUGAUAAGAAACCGCUUGUGCGUUCCAUCACGUGCUGGACUCUCUCACGGUAUUGCUCCUGGGUCGUGGAAGAGGCUCGAGAACAGUACUUUGAACCUACACUGAAAGGGGUGAGAGCUUCUACAUUUGUUUUGUGA